AUGGCCGGCGCCCCCGGGCCGCUCCGCCUGGCGCUGCUGCUGCUCGGGGCGGUGGGCAGGGCCGGCCCCCGCCCCCAGGGCGCCACCGUGUCCCUCUCGGAGACGGUGCAGAAAUGGCGGGAGUAUCGCCACCAGUGCCAGCGCUUCCUGACUGAGGCUCCACCCCCAGCCACUGACCUGUUCUGCAACCGGACCUUCGAUGACUAUGCCUGCUGGCCAGACGGGCCACCCGGCUCCUUCGUGAAUGUCAGCUGCCCCUGGUACCUGCCCUGGGCCAACAGCGUGCUGCAGGGCCAUGUGUACCGCUUCUGCACGGCCGACGGCCUGUGGCUGCACCAGGUCAACUCUAGCCUGCCCUGGCGGGACCUGUCGGAGUGCGAGGAGUCCAAGCGCGGGGACAGGAGCUCCCCGGAGGACCAGCUCCUGUCCCUCUACAUUGUCUACACGGUGGGCUAUGCGCUCUCCUUCUCCGCCCUGGUCAUCGCCUCCACCAUCCUCCUGGGCUUCAGACACCUGCACUGCACCCGCAACUACAUCCACCUGAACCUGUUCGCGUCCUUCAUCCUCCGGGCGCUGUCCGUCUUCGUCAAGGACGCGGCCCUCAAGUGGAUGUACAGCACCGCGGCCCCGCAGCACGCGUGGGACGGGCUCCUCUCCUACCAGGACUCGCUGAGCUGCCGCCUGGUGUUCCUGCUCAUGCAGUACUGCGUGGCGGCCAACUACUACUGGCUCCUGGUGGAGGGCGUGUACCUGUACACGCUGCUGGCCCUCUCCGUCUUCUCCGAGCAGCGCGUCUUCCGGCUCUACCUGAGCAUAGGCUGGGGCAUCCCCUUGCUGUUUGUCAUCCCCUGGGGCAUUGUCAAGUACCGCUAUGAGGACGAGGGCUGCUGGACCAGGAACUCCAACAUGAAUUACUGGCUCAUCAUCCGGCUGCCCAUCCUCUUCGCCAUCGGGGUGAACUUCCUCAUCUUCGUCCGGGUCAUCUGCAUCGUGGUGUCCAAGCUGAAAGCCAACCUCAUGUGCAAGACGGACAUCAAGUGCAGACUUGCCAAGUCCACGUUGACGCUCAUCCCCCUGCUGGGCACCCAUGAGGUCAUCUUCGCCUUCGUGAUGGACGAGCACGCCCGGGGGGCCCUGCGCUUCGUCAAGCUGCUCACAGAGCUCUCCUUCACCUCCUUCCAGGGGCUGAUGGUGGCUAUCUUAUACUGCUUUGUCAACAACGAGGUCCAGCUGGAGUUCCGGAAGAGGUGGGAGCGCUGGCGGCUGGAGCGCCUGCACAUGCAGAGGGACAGCAGCAUGAAGCCCCUGCAGUGUGCCACCAGCAGCCUGAGCAGCGGGGGUGCCGCGGGGAGCAGCGUGUACACCGCCACCUGCCAGGUCUCCUGCAGCUAA